AUGAGCUCGAAGUUGGUCGGUGAGCCGUUUGAAAGUUCAGAAGAAAAGAUGUUUUUAGAAAGAACCGGCGGCAGACUUGCUGAAAAUCCUCCAAAAAUGGGCAGGUGGCAGUGUCAGGUUCGAGAAACAUCCCAAAGUGGUAAUGGGUUCUUUCUCAACCUCAAAUACUACAUUGAAGUCUAGAAAGGACGAUUGAACGUUGUUUUGGACCGCCCCGACAAAGGAAACUGUCUCUCCGGAGCCAUGAUGUGCGAGUUGGGACGAGGAGUUGAGGUGAGACUCCAACCUCCAAACUGACCUCUGGUGAAGCAUCUCGAGUCUCGCGAACACGGCGUCGUCGUCCUCAGCGGCAAGGGCAGCAGCUUCUGCACGGGCGCCGAUCUCGGCUUGAUCAAAGACGUAAACAUGGACUAGCUGCUGUUCACUUACAAGGCUUCAGAUUUCCGACGCGAGCCUCGGCGGCCCGAUGUUCGACUUCAUGUCCUCGGUGCUCCAAAAACUGAACGUGUCUCCGGCCAUUUCAGUGGCCCACAUCCGCGGUCAUUGCCUCGGCGGCGCCACCGAAAUCUGUUCUGCCGUCGACAUCCGCGUCGCCCACGUCGAUUCCAAAGUUUGAAUUCGCUAUGUACCUCUUGAUCGCAUUUCUCAGAUCGGAUUCCUACAAUCGAGGCUUGGAAUCAUACCUUCCUGGGGCGGCGCAUAUUAUUUGGAGGUUAAUCAAUUUCCCUUUGUAUUAUCAGUACGAACACCGACGUUCCCAUAUGACGUCAUAGGAAACGCAUAAACAGGGAAUAUUAAAGGCGCAUGUUCAAUGGGUCAUGAGACGAAUCAUUUUCUUAUUUAAAAACGCAAUUUUUUCUGUUGCCCUGUUCAAAGUGAUUCUGCGAAAUUCAAACAGAAAGGGAAAUCACAACUGAAUUUCGGAAAUUCAGAGAUUAUUUUGAACACGGCAUGUGCGAAUGCGUCGCAGUGCAUGCACAUGACACACUAAAAUUAUAUAUGCCAAAGAGUUUUUGUGUUUUCACGACAUGAAGAUCUGUACAGGCGAUCCUGGGAAGAAGCAAAGCGCUCCACGUGAUGAGUUCGGCGAGCGUCCUCAGUGCGGAAGAUGCGUUCAAACUCGGUUGGCUCGACUUUGUGUACCGCGAGGAGGCCGAAGCGGAGGUUCGCUUUCGAUGGUUCUGAUCUUGGACUCGCUUCUUUCCAGCAAUACAUCAAUGGGAUGUGCAGGACCGACCCGGGACUCACUCAGGCUCAAAAAGAAAUGCUCAAUGCCGUGAAGCACAGUCACGAGGCUCAGAAAGGUUUCCAGGGUUCAUUAGAUAUAUUUUUGUCUUUACUAUUUGCUCAAAAUAGGUUUCAAAGCAUCAUUUCAAUAUUGAUGGAUGGAAAAAAACCUCUUUCUUCCACGAAAUUCCCAGCUCUUUUUUUAGACCCCCCCCUCCCCCUCAUUUUACUUAGCGGCUCGGAACUUUCUAAAAUUUUGCUCAAAUAAUCUCGGAAGGGUUAUAUGAAGAUCCAUCGAAGUUGCAACCCGCGAAUGAUUCUGGUUUUUGAGAUAAUUAAUUUUGAAGGUCGUGAAGUUAGGUCUAAAACUCAUGUUUCGAAACUUUGAAAAAUCAUAUCUCAAGAACUAGAGGUUUGUACAGAUAACGAUUAUGUAAGAUCUUCAUCUAAACCUUCAGAGAGUGUUUGAGAGAAUUUAUAGAAAAUUCCAAAGCGCAAAGUAAAAUGACCUCCCUUGUCAGUAGAAAAAAAUCGACUUACCCAGGAAAAAACCAGAUUUCUUGGAGUCGUUAAAAAGUUUGAGAGUAUGUUCAGAUUUUGAAUGUCAAGUGCAAUGACGUCAUUCAAAAACACUCUGUGGAUGGCUCGCUCGCUGAUAGGUUUAUCGCACCAUUAGGAGCGGAGCUUGAGCGACGACUUGACAUUCAAAAUCUGAACAGACUAUAAGGCCUCCAGAACGUGACUUUUUUCAGAAGUGCUCAACCGCGUUUGGAAGAGCUCGAUCCACAAGAAAGCUCUGGAGAAACAACUCGCAGCGGUAACCAAAAAAUAGAACUGGGUUUUCAUUUUGCUCAAAUCACUCGCCAUUCGAUUCAGGGUAGAAAUCGUGUUUUUCUCGUUAGUCAAUAAAGUUUUCAUGUACACUUGAUCCUCAAUGACGUCACUCGGAAAUAAAGAAAGCAGAAACUGACUGCGGAAUCGAAUCGGCCGCCGCUUAAGAACCUGUUUGGGAUCCCAAGCUUGACCACGUCUUCUUAUCGACCUUUUUUUCGCCUCUUUCCUGAACAACUCCUGCGAUCUGACACUUUUUGACCCCCGUCCCGAGGGCUCGAACGAUCUUUGAUCUUGCUUGGGCGCGUUGGCCUACCUUUUUUCCGUGCCUCAAGUCGGCGUCGUUCCGAUCUCCAGUUCUGUCACUUCCAUUAGAUUUUUUUUUUUCAAAUUUUUGAUUUGAUCGACUUUUUCAGAUUUUUGAGAAAUUCCAGCAUGUUUUUUACAUUUAUUCCCCAACUCUCACUUCUAUUCUCUUAAUUUUUUUGUUUUGUACUGUUUUUUUCAAAAAGGCGGGUCCGUGAAUGCGAAAUUUAAUUUUUUUAUUGAUAUUUUCUGGUUUCAAACCAUUUCCUAACCUUUAAUGAUGCUUCGAAAUAAAAAAAGCAAGAAAAAAAGGAAAAAUUUUAGUCGCUCAAUUUCAUCUAUGCGCUGACAAUAUCACUAGAAAUUUUCUCAUCGACAGUUUUUUUCUAUAUUUUUUUGGUUCAAUAAUAUUUAUUUUUUUAGGAUUACAAAGUUAAAUUUUUUUAAUAUUUUGUAUAUCUUGCUCCAUUGGAUUUUUCUCAUUUUUUUCUCGUUUUUGAAAAAUCGGAUUCAUUUUCAUUUUUUUCGAUCGACUGAACCGUAAGUUCUCGAAAGUUUUUGAUCUGCACAACUUCAAAUUUUCCAAUAGAUGCAAUAUUUCCUAACAGGGCAGAAUUUGAAGUAUUACUCUCAAAAAUAAAGAAAUUGUCCUUUUUAAAACUUUGAGGGCAAUCAAUCAUUCAUCAUUGUUCUAGCCAAAAAAAAUCCGAGAUUUUAAGUGAGAACGACGUUUUUGGUAUUUUCAUGUGUGUGGCUAUGUGUGCCAAAGUUAGAAAAAGUUCUCCCAGAUGAGGGUCAUUUUACUUUGCGGCUUGGAAUUUUCUGAAAAUUAGCUAGAACACUUCUUGAUGUUGAAGAUACAGAAAGUCUCAACCUGCAUAACUUCCUCGUUUUCGAGAAAUGAGGUGCCCCAAAAUAGCCUAUUUUUAUCGGUUUUGAGGGGGUUCUUUGACCAAAAACGGGGUAGUUUGACACUUUCAGAAUCUUCAUCUCUUAUAGUCUGUUCAGAUUUUGAAUGUCAAGUAGAAUGACGUCAUUCGAAAACGCUUUGUGGAUUGCUCGCUCUCUGAUUGGUUUAUUGCGCCAUUAGGGGGCGGAGCUUGAGCGAGGACUUGACAUUUAAAAUCUGAAAAGAUUAUACAUCGAGGAGCGUUCUGGCCAAUUUUCAGGAAAUUCCCAACCGCAAAGUAAAACGACCUCCCUUGUCAGCGAUGAUUAUUUGAUAGAAUAUUUGCGUCCCAAGAUCAAAUCUACAUGGCUUCCAGCUCCCUGUUUUGAAAUCGAAGAAAUAAUUCUUCAGGGUGAUGCGGUGGGACUUGGUGGAGCGACGAGCGGCCAAAUCCUUCGCUGCGUUGGGCCGCCUCAUCACCGACCAUCCAGUGCCGUUCCUCGUCUUCCCCGUCCUCUUCACAGCUGCCAUGGGCGUCGGUUAGUCUUAUAAAGCUGAAAAAAGACAUACAAAAAGGAUUUUCAGGAAUGUUGCACCUGAACUCCCUGACCGACGCCGUCUACCUUUUCACGCCGGUCGGCGCCCAGAGCAAGAUGGAAAGGCUGGCGGUGCACGAGAAGUGGCCUCUCACCAGCGACAAUUACAUUCCUGGCCGCGCCGUCACGCAGAGCCGCGAGAUCCAGGUUUUUGAAAGUUUUUUAAGAUUUUUGUGAAGAGUACGGUAUGCGAAUAUGCGCAUUGCGUGCUUGCACAAGGUGUGUUUACACUCUCGUUGCGUGACGUCACCAUCUCGUAAAUCUCCGAUUUUUUUCUGAAGUUGUUCUUCAAUUUUUUUUUUCGCUUUUUUUUCAAAAUUUGCAUUUUUUUUUUUCAAUGAUAUUUGCACAACCAAAAACAAAACCGACAAAAAAUUAGAAAAAAAAAUGAGCCAGAAAGUUUUUUAGUACUUUUUUCUUUUUUGCAAUCUGUUAAGGACCUAUUUCUCGAGGUUACAAGAUAAGUUACUUCAUAAAAAGUACACAAGUUUCAAUUUUAUUAUUGAAAAACCUAGCUUGACAACCGUAAUACGACCAGCCGCCUUGAACAUGCGUGUGUACGAGGCGGUGACAUCACGCAAUGAGAGUGCAAACACACAAUGUGCAUGCACAUAUUCGCAUACCGUACUCUACGCAAAUGAAAAAUCGCUCUUCUCGUAGCACCUUUUCUUAUACUCUUGCAAUAAUUCAAUGAUAAAUUUUCGAAAAAAAAAAUUGAAAAACAAUUUUGUAGCACUAGAGAUCUCAAACCUGCACAACCACUUUUUAAAAAUCUUAAAAAGCUAGUGUUUCUUGUAAAUUUUUCAAGGGUAACUAUACGUUUAAAAAAAUUAAAAUCGUUUGGGGUGAGACGGAAAAAAAAUCAGUUUUUUUAAAGUUUUGUAAAAUGUUCAAAGCUAUUGUGGGACCGGCUGAACUGCGAAUAUCGGUAUUUUAAGACGUCUAAAAAGUAAAAAACUCAAAACAAAAAGCUUGUUGAGAACAGGGGUGUUGAAAAAAACAGUAACCUGAGGGCAAUAGAGUUUAAAUUUUUUUCAGCAUUUUUAAAAAACUCUUUUAUAUUAAAUAUAAAUAAAAGAUUCUCUCAAGUCUCAGUUUCUUGUUUUUUCUUGCGAUUUUUUGAAUUUUCCUCUUUCAAAGAAAGAAAUUUUGCGGUUCAAAAAAAAUGUUGUACUAGCUAUUUUAAACCAACUUCCAAAAAUUGGAUGUUUUUCAAGUAAAAUGACCUCUCUUGUUAGUUUUUUCUACGCCUAGACUGGGAUUGUUCAAACUUUGCAAGCACGUUAGCCUUCAGGUCACGGCGCUGGCCAAAAAUGACGGCAACAUCUUGGAAACACGUUACGCCGAGGCUGUCUAUCGUUUGGACAAGUUCAUUCAGACCAGGUUUUUUUUUUAUUUUUGCUGGUGAAGAUGAGAACGAUUCUGGAUUUCCAACUUCGUGAGUUUCAGAAUCAGAAUCUUGCACGAUGGACGCUACUACGGCUACAAAGACCUGUGCCUCCAAUACAAAGGUAGCAACUAAAUCGAGCUUCCCAAAAGAAAAAAUCCGGUUUGAGGAGGUGGCUGCUCGUCGAGCAAACACGUGCACAUCCUGUCCGACUUCUACAACCACGGCUUCAACAUCACCUACCCCUACUUCCGAUUCGGAACCGAGUACGGCUGGGAAAGGGUCGCAAAGUACUAGCAAGGCCAUUUCAGAGGCGGAUACUUGGGCAGCAGUCUUGGCGGCGUCUCUCUGAUGAAAAACGAGAACGGGACCGAGAUCCUGGCCUCAGCGCACGCCUGGUUCAUGGUCUACCACCUCAAGUUCCAUCCCGAAGAGCUGAGCUACAUCUCCGGCCAAUGGGAGAACGUCAGUCGGCCGGCUCUUCUGCACAUCUCAAACGGAUUUGCAGGAAAUGGUCCGACAACUGCGUGAUUAUCCCGAGGACCCCUACAUCUCCAUUACGUACUUUCACUCGCAGACCCUCGCCGACGAGCUCAAACGCAACGCCGACACUUUGAGUUCGUAUGAGUAGGAGAAAAAUUAGUACUGGCAACAUCCGACGAUUGAAGCAGGUAGUGGGUAGCGUUAGCUACUUUCAUGGUAUCGGAAAGCAUAAGUUCGUCAGAAAUCAUACUCGGUAGCAUCGCGAUACCUUUCCGGUGGUAUUCAGGUACCAUAGAGAUGGUACUCGGUCGCAUAAAAACGACCACCGAUUACCAGACGCCGAUUGUCUUUGUUACUACCCGGUACCUCCCGAUUGAACAGUGAACCCAAUAAGUCAGAUAUAGAAUAAAUGAAGAAAAUCGGAAUGGUCAAAUAUGUUCUAGAGUCCCUUCGGAAUUGUAAACUUGAGCUUUUCAGUUCCUCGCUUCGUCGUCGCCUUCACCCUUCUGGUCGUGUUCUCGAUGGCCUGCUCGAUGAGUUUCAUCGACAAAACCUUCUACAUCGACUGGGUUCUGUCAAAGCCGAUCCUCUCGAUUCUCGGUUUGUCGCCGCCAUCCAAGGCGGAUCCAGAAGAGAAUUUUCAGGUGUCAUCAGCGCUGGAAUGGCCAUUCUGACGGGCAUCGGCUCGCUGGCGCUGCUCGGCAUGCCCUACAACGACAUCGUCGGCGUGAUGCCCUUCCUUGUCGUCGGUAAGGCUGGUCUGUUCAUACGGAAAGUGUGUUGGGCUUGCAGCUGUCGGCACGGACAACAUGUUCCUGAUGGUCUCUGCAGUGCGACGGACGUCGCGGACGUUACCGGCGAAAGAGAGAAUGAGCGAGUGUCUGUCUGACGCCGCCGUUUCCAUCCUCAUCACUUCGAGCACAGGUUUUCGGGAAGCUCUAGCCCUCGAUUAAACCAUUCCUAGACGUUCUUUCCUUCGGCGUCGGCACGAUAACGACGAUUCCCGCCGUCCAAAUUUUUUGUAUCUACACUGGAGUCUCUAUCUUCUUCACAUUCAUUUACCAAGUCAGUCGAUCAAAUUAAUGCCUUUGGAGCUUAGGAGUACCCUCUGCAGAUCACUUUCUUCUCGGCGUGCCUUGCCGUCUACACCAAGUUCGAAGAACAAGGCAGGAACUCUGCAUUCGUCGUGGCGACCGUCAACGAGUCCAAGAAAGACUCGGUCUCCCUUAUCUCGAGACUUUUCAACUUGGGAUCGGCGCCCAAGUCCAAAGCCGCUCACGACAUCAAGGAGCCGGCGACAGCACGAUUUUUCGGAGAAUGGUUUCAACACUUUGGAAGCCUCCUAAAACGCUGCAUCUUCAGGUACGCUCCAGUGCUGAUGAAUCCGAUUGUCCGCGCUCUGGCUAUGAUCUGGUUCGUCAUCUACUUGGUUUUCGCAGGCUACGGCUGCUCGAAAAUCAAGGUCAGCGUCCAAGAAAUCCACCAGAAUCCAAUUCUCUGUUCAGGAAGGCCUUGAACCGGUGAACCUACUGGUUCAGGACUCUUAUGCCAUCCCGCACUAUCGCCUUCUCGAAAAGUACUUCUGGAAGUAUGGAGCCCAACUACAGGUCAGAAUCUUCAUGGCGGUUGGAUUCAUUUGGAAAACUGAAGAUCGUGGUGAACAACGCGCCCGACUUCCGAGAGCCGUCGACGCGCGACCGAAUCCACGCGAUGGUGGGCGAUUUUGCGACGAGUCGCCACGCGAUUGGCCUCGAGUCUGUCGACUUUUGGCUUUUUGACAUGGAGCGGUGAUUUUUUUUUGUCCUUGUUAAGCUGUUGUGAUGUGUUAGAAUCCUUUUUUAUUCUAACAAAAAUGCUCAGAAGGCCACGACUUGAAGCAUUCUGAUAUACUAGACUUUUUACUUCAGCUACUACAUGGAUCAGCUGCAAAUGCCGGUCAUCGACACGGCCUUCUACGGUCUGCUGGGCCAUUUCCUUGCGUCGAAACACAACAAUCCGCUGGCCGAAGACCUUUACUGGGGCAAGGACGAGAACGGAACCGACGUCGUCGAAAGCUUCCGCUUCGUGAUCGGAAUGCGCGACAUCGUCACCACCAUGGAACAGACUGACGCUACGUUGUCCUUCAGAGAGGUUUUUUUCCGACGUUCCAAGGAUCUACUCUUAAAAUUUCUGCAGAUCGCGUCACGUUGGCCAGAGUACAACGUCACCACUUUCAUGCCGUUGUGGCUAUUCACUGACCAAUACGUCCUCAUCAUUCCCAACACCGUUUGAGGAGAUUAAAUUUAAAAAACUUUACAAAUUUUUACAGGUCCAAAAUAUUAUAAUUGCGCUCAUGGUCAUGAUCUUGAUUGCACUGGUCCUUAUUCCACAGCCGAUGUGCUCGAUUUGGGUGGCUUUGGCUUGCGCCAGCAUCGACUUUGGCGUCGUUGGCUACAUGACCUUGUGGGGUGUGAACUUGGUGAGUUCAAGCCAACAAUCCAACAAAACAUAUUUAACGUUCAGGACGCCAUAUCUAUGAUCACUAUCAUUAUGUCGAUCGGUUUCUCUGUGGAUUACUCUGCCCACAUCACCUACGGAUACGUUGUUUCAACAGCAGACACUCCCUCGGAUAGGGUUAGAGAUGCUCUUUCUGCCUUGGGCUGGCCUCUAUUCCAAGGAGCCCUAUCAACUAUUAUUGCUGUAAUCGUUCUAGCUGAUAUUCCAGCCUACAUGAUGGUUACAUUUUUCAAAACGGUAAAAUUAGAUGGGUUGCCCGAAGCGAAAACAAAGCUUUCAAGGUUGUGCUAGCCAUCAGCUUGGGACUACUACAUGGUCUAGUUUUUCUUCCAGUUUUGCUAUCGUUAUUUGUGCGUGGUUGUUGCAUUAUGACCGUGGACCAUGACAAGAAAGAAAAGGUAGUCAUAUCAUUCCUUAAGAAAAAAAUUUUAUUCAAUUUCAGUCCCGCGAAGUCUAUGUUAUUGAAAAAGGAAUGAGGAUAAGCGACGUAUCAUCUUCUACAGGAUACGAAACGGGUUCAUCUGUCACCACUUCAUCUCCCAUAGGAAGUGCACCACGAUUCGAAUUCGUAGAUGACUCCCCAAUUGUGCAUAACAGAUCGAGGUCCGUGAUCAAAUCACCGGAACAUAUUGACUAA